CGCUCGUUCAGUCACAGCUGCAGCAUCUGUCCCGAGCGCCGCCGAGCAAGUCAUUUUUCUCGGACUUUCUGCGGACGCUCACAACUACAUCUACAGUGUGUUUUGCCGGGAACGCUGUGUGAUAUUCAAGUUGUUCAUUGAUUAAAGUUAGAGCAGUCUCGGGAAAAUGAUCGCAUAUUGCGGGGAUGCGACAGUAGCUGUGUGCGAUAAGUGAGGAUUUGGAUAAAUUACUUAAAAACAGUUUGAUAAACUCCAUCCGCGCGCUUCAUGUUCGACAGGACAGGAGGAGGACCGUUUAAAAUUAGUCAAAUCGUUCAGUAUUUGGAGGAUAUCGACAUAUGGAAACAGGAAGUUGAACAACAGUUUGGUUUCAGUCGAGUGUUGUGAUGGGUAAAGAUUAUUACAGGGUCCUGGGGAUAGAGAAGGGCGCCUCUGAUGAGGAGAUCAAGAAAGCCUACAGAAAACAAGCUUUAAGAUUUCAUCCCGACAAAAACAAAUCAGCCGGAGCAGAAGAUAAAUUCAAAGAGAUCGCCGAAGCGUAUGAUGUCCUGAGCGAUGCCAAGAAGAAAGACAUCUAUGACAGAUAUGGAGAGGAUGGGCUUAAGGGACACGCUGGAGGCGGCACCAAUGGCCCUAGCUAUACUUUUCACGGCGAUCCUCACGCCAUGUUUGCAGAGUUCUUUGGUGGCCGUAGCCCAUUCGAUCAGUUUUUUGCAUCUGCUGGGGGCACUGAUAAUGACAUAGACAUUGACGACCCCUUUGCGGCCUUCGGAAUGGGAGGAAUGGGUGGAUUUCCCAGAUCUUUCAAGUCUCGGGUAGGCGGUGUGCAUGGGAGCCGAGAAAAGAAGAAAGAUCCCCCAGUAGUGCACGAGCUCAAGGUGAGUCUGGAAGAUGUGUUCUCUGGUUGCACAAAAAAGAUGAAGAUCUCUCGCAAGAGGCUGAACCCGGACGGCUGCACGGUGCACACCGAAGACAAGAUCCUCACCGUGGACAUCAAACGUGGCUGGAAGGAGGGGACAAAGAUUACCUUUCCCAAAGAGGGAGAUGAGACGCCAACCAACAUCCCUGCCGACAUAGUGUUUGUGGUUAAGGACAAGGUUCACUCAGUUUUUCAGAGAGACGGCUCUGACAUCAUCUAUCCUGCAAGGAUAUCCCUCCGAGAGGCUCUAUGCGGCUGCACCAUCAGCGCUCCCACCUUGGAUGGUAGAACUGUCACAGUGACAUCACGUGAUGUCAUCAAACCCGGUAUGAAGAAGAGGAUAGUGGGAGAAGGACUGCCACUGUCCAAAUAUCCUGAAAAGAGAGGAGACAUGGUGCUGGAGUUCUCAGUGAAAUUUCCGGACAAGUUGGGACCGAGUACUCGUGAAGCUCUGGUUCAGAUCCUACCACCUUGAUCUUUGCAGCCACUCGAGGACAGACUCUCAACACACAGAUCCUAUGAUUGGGCCCUUCUGAUUUCCUAGAUAUUAUUGCACCUGAAAGUAUCAGUGGUAAAUGUACAAACAAGUCAAGCUCAGAGAAACACAAUAGAGCUCCAAUACAUUAUUUAUAUCCCCUUACUUGUAUUGCAGUGCACUUUUACAAAACACUGAAACAUUUCAGAAGUAAUAUAUUGACUUUCACACAUAGUUUUACAGUACCUCAGAGUAAACACUCCGUCAUCCUCCUCUUUACUUCUUCAGGUUUCUUUCCCCUUGAAUCUGUUUAUAUUUUCUUUUAUUCCAAUUUUAGUCGCUGGGCAGUCAAAAUUUUGCUUGACAGAAACCAUCACUUCUGAACAUUAGGGUUUUAUAUGUUUCUGAAGAUCUCAAAUAGUAAUUGUAGAAGUGUGUGAUUGUGGGUGUGUGAAAUCCCAAUGAAAGGCCUGCUUUGCAUAGAGUGAGCCCAGGAAAUUCACAAGGGCUCAUGAGCAUUAUCACAGCGUUUCCAGAGCAUGUUAAAGUGUGGUCACAUUUACCAUUGCUUGAUAAUAUUUCACAGGGGA